UUUUGUCAAAGUGCACUACAUAAAGUAGAAAACGAACGAUUAAAUUUUACAAAAAUAAUAAACAUGUCCAAUUUCGAAUCACCAAUACCAUUGUCCGAGAUAGAAUCCGUGUUAGCUUGGGUGGACACUUUCAAAUUGUCAAGAAGUAAUAAAAAAAUUAAUAGAGAUUUCUCUGAUGCUGUUCUACUAGCUGAAAUCUUGAGUGUCCACUAUCCGAAAUUAGUUGAAAUGCACAACUAUCCACCAAGAAACAGUCACGCGUUAAAAUUGAACAACUGGAUGACACUGAACAGAAAGGUACUGAAGAAACUAAAACUGAACCUGUGUUGCAACACGAUGGAGCAGUUGGCGAACAGUGCGCCAGGAGUCAUCGAGAGAGUUUUGGUUAUGGUUCGUGAUAAAAUCCGUCGUGACGAAGACGCCAAUAAGAGUACUAAGGAUGCUGAGCAGAACAUGUCGAGUGGUGGCAGUUAUUACGAGGCCUGUGGAGAUGAUGAACACAUUCUUAUAGUACCAGUCAAGACUAGGGUAAAUGGCAUAUUGGAAACAGUCCAGCAGAAAGUGGUGAGUUAUGAGUCAUACCAAGCAAUAAAAGAAGAACUCAAGGAUGCGAAGGACUCUGUUGAAUUGCUCAAACAGAAGGUCGAACAUUUAGACAACUUAUUAAAAUUAAAAGAAGAAAGAAUAGACGAAUUACAAAAACAACUUGAUAGAAAACAGGCAAGGCGCAAAGAAGUAGAAGCUUUUCAAAACAGCCUUGCUGUACCUUUUGAAACCAUACCUUCUCCUAUAAUUAAUGGAAUUGAACCAAAUACACCCACUAGGACUAAUUCAAUGAAAACUAUUGAAGGUAAUCCUAAAAUAGUAAAAGAAGAGUCUAAAAUACCUAUUUUAAAAACAGAAUCUCUUAAAUCUUUCUCGAAACCUAGCAUUAUUGAAGUAUCAGUAACUGAUGUAACAAAACAGGAGGUUGAUCUAGAAAGAAUUAAAUCUGAUGUUUUUAAAGAAGUAGAAAUAGUAGAAGAAAUAAUAGAAAGACUUCAAGAUGCUGAGGAGUUUAAAGAUAGUGAACAAGAGGGUACCAUCACUAUAGAGGAUACCAUACAAAAAGAAAUCAAAGAAAUUAACAAUCCUAUGGAUAAAGUACAAAAUAUGAUAUAGCUCACUAAGGAUCUAGGCCAUUAAAUUACGUAAUAAUGAUGGUUAACAUAUUUAUUUUUACUAUGUAUGAUAGUAGUCCGAUAAAAUGUGAUAAAUUUUGAUGCUUUAUAAAGUUUUAUA